AUGCUUGUUCUCGGCGUAGUAGCUUUUGGAGUCUACAUUCUUCGCCCCGUUAAUAUACGAACAUUUCCCCUGACGGUCAUUAAUCCGCGUACCUACGAAGACACCGGCGAGGUCGUCUACCCCGAACUCGCAUACCCAUCUCGCCCUCAGCUUGUUUCCUCGGAAGCCGAUACGGCUAUCGUAAUCGUAUUUCCUAUCUUCACAAUCUUGCUUUUUCAGAUUCGCAUCCAGAAUUUCUGGGAUCUCAAUAAUGCUAUCAUCGGCAGCAUAUAUGCCCUCGAAAUCUCAGCCGCGUUCCAGGUCAUGAUCAAGUGGCUUAUCGGCGGUUUCAGGCCAAACUUCUACGACGUCUGCCAGCCCGAUCCGAGCCUGGCAGACGACCCGGAAUUCAAUGUGACAGGACUGAACGGGGUUGGCUAUAGACAAUACAUGUUUACCUCGGAGAUCUGCACAAGUGGCCAAGGCCGGCCUUUAUGGAACGCGAUGCAGAGCUUUCCGAGCGGUCACUCAACCGCCUCAACGGCAAGUGGCGUCUACCUCUUCUUAUACCUGAACGCGAAGCUCAAAGUGUUUGCGAAUUAUCAUCCUUCUAUGUGGAAGCUCAUCCUGGUCUAUUGCCCAAUCCUUGGGGCAGCCCUCAUCUGCGGGUCGUUAUCAGUUGACGGAACUCACAACUGGUACGAUAUUCUCGCCGGUAUGACUAUAGGUAUUAUUUUCGCAAUCUCGUCGUAUCGUACGGUCUACGCGAGUGUUUGGGAUUGGCGCACCAAUCACAUCCCUCUGAAUCGAGGGGCUGCGUUGGUAUUGAAAGAGGACUGGGAAAGCUCAGAUCUAGUCUUUACGAGCAGAGCCGGCUGGAGGAAAGGGCACUCGAAUAAUGAGAAAGAAACACUGCCAGAACCUGUUACGAGAAGCGGAGUUAUGGACAGCUCUCUUAGUAUACAUUCCGCAGCUGUAGCACGGCCUCAACAUAGUGGUGUUCUCUCUAGUGAUUGA